AUGGCGCUGCAUAAGAAGCCACAGUCGGCAUAUGGCGAAUUUAUGCGGGAAGUUGGUCCGAAGUUGGUCGUCUACAUCAAUAAAGAUGCACAUCCUUAUGCUGAGAAAGCGUGUGCAAUGGCAAUGGUGAAGUGUCACGCCAUUCAGGCAAAGAGCUCUAACAAAUGGAGCCUCACUGGUGCCGAGGUCGAGGAGCAAAUCCAGCAGGACCUGGCAGAGAAGCUAAUCCCGUUGCUGGUGUACUGCACAGUGGGGACCACACCGUCAGCUAUAGUGGACGAUCUAGAAUCAAUUGGACCUAUAGCGAAAAACAAUCAGUGGCUAUCAUCUGUGCAACCACCAUUUGGAAAACCUCGACCCAACCUUCAUUCGGCGCAAAGUGAUGUUGGUCACUUUUCCGAACCGGAACGGACUCAUCCACUGGACCUCAUUUAA